AUGCCAACAAGAAGCCCAGACGUCCAGAUCUUGCGUCUCCGUCAGGAGAAUCGGUCCGUCGAGGACUAUGUUUCUGAGUUCAUUGAACUGGCCCAUUUCGCCUCAAUGAGCACAGAGUGUUUAAUGAUCUUUUUCCGAGGAGGACUCUCUGAACCACUCAGUUCACUCAUGCCCUUACACAAUCGUCACGGGACAUUAGAGGACUAUAUUAACCAGGCCCUUUUGCUAAGCGGUUCCUUGUUUACUGUGGGCGUUGUAGAGAAGGAGCUCCAUGAACCCGUGGUAUCUACUCAACCAGAGCUUCACGUUAUGCCAGAGCUUCAUGCCGAGCCCGCGCUCACCUGUCUGUUCCUGAGCCGAUGCCUGGUCCUGAGAGAUGAGCCUGAUUUGAUGGAUGUUUCUGGGGAGCCAGAUCCUUCCUCACAGACCUUCCAUGAUGCCCAGACACAGUGGUCAGACCCAGCAAUGGAGGACCACACCUACUCCAAAGGACCUACCAUCACAUGUGUUAUGACAACUGCCCCAUCCUCUAAGAGUUCGCUGUCUGUUGCAGAUGUUGUUUUAAAGGAUGAUGCUGACUGUCUGCUGUACACUGGGAUUCCACUGCUUGAAUUCAGAACUCUUGUGUCGUGCUUGCAACAUUUUGCUCCCACAUCAUCAUCAUUGUCAGCAGAGGACCAAAUCCUGCUGACAUUGAUGAAGCUUAGACAGAACUUUGUUAUUGCUGAUUUAGCAAGACGCUUCAAAAUGUCACCUGGUCAGGUCAGUAAAACACUGAAAUUCUGGAUAGACGCGAUUGCUGAGCACACCCAGGAUCUCAUUCCAUGGCUGCCUCGUGAAACAAUAAAGUCCACCUUGCCACAGGUUUUUAUGGACAAUUUUCCAAACACAACUUGUGUAAUUGACUGCACAGAAAGUGUCUUGCAGAAGGCUAAAAAUCUGGACUCAAGAACUGAAUCUUAUAGUCACUACAAUGCAAACAAUACUGUCAAGUAUCUAGUAGCAACUGCUCCAUCUGGGAUAAUUAUGUAUAUUUCAGAGGCUUAUGGUGGCAAAUGUAGCGAUAGAUUCAUCACACAGAACUCUGGGUUUCUCGACCAUUUGCGUCCUGGAGAUGAGGUGAUAGGGGACCGUGGCUUCACGAUCAGAGAUUUGCUAGAGGAACGGAAAGUUCGUUUGAUCACCCCAGCUUUUACGCGCAAGAAAUGCCAGCUGACAAAUGAGCAGGUCACUCGCACAAGACGCAUUGCUAAUGUCCGCAUACACAUUGAGCGCGCAAUCAGGCGUCUCAAGGUGUACAGAAUCCUCUCUCAAACUGUGCCUAUUCAUUUUGUCCCUAAAAUCGACAAAAUACUAAGAAUCUGUGCAGCACUUGUAAAUCUGCGAGGGGAGCUUAUUUCUAGAACAUAG